UCCGGGCGCGGUGCCGGUGCCGCCGCUGCGGUGCGCGCUGCCUCUGCCCGGGAUGUACGCCGGCAGGAAGAGGAAGAAGCCGGUGCCCAGGAGCCCCAAACCACCCCCAGCCGAGGGUGUGAAGUCCAACCCCUCCAAGCGGCACCGGGACCGGCUGAACCAGGAGCUGAACACGCUGACGGGGCUGCUGCCCUUCCCUGAGGAUGUGCGCUCCAGGCUGGAUAAACUCUCCAUCCUCCGCCUGACCGUGGGCUACCUGAAGGUGAAGAACUAUCUGAGGGCUGCAGCUCCAAAGGUUGGCAACUGCGUGGAUCAGCUCAGAGCCCCAGGAGGGGACAGAUGGACGGAGCCACAGGGUGACAGGGAGCUGUUUCCUGAGGGGGAGCUGCUGCUCCAGGCACUCAAUGGAUUUGUCAUCGCUGUGACUGGAGAUGGCUACAUCUUCUACAUCUCCCCUACUGUGCAGGACUACCUGGGCUUCCACCAGUCGGAUCUCAUCUACCAGAGCGUGUAUGAGCUGAUCCAUGCGGACGACAGGGCUGCCUUCCGCUGCCAGCUGCACAGGAGCCCCCUGCACACUGCUGACACCUUUCCCCCUGAGCAGCCGCUGCUGGCGGGACACGGUGCCACAUCCAGCCCCCAGCACCUCCGUGCUGAGAAGCAAUCCUUCAUGGAGAGGAGCUUCACCUGCCGCUUCCGCUGCCUGCUGGAUAACUCUUCGGGAUUCCUGGCCUUGAAUUUCCAUGGGCGCCUGAAGUUCCUUCUUGGGCAGCAAAAGUCAACAGCAGACAAGUCCCCAGUUGCUCUUUUUGCCAUUGCCACACUCCUCCAGCCUCUCUCCAUCCUGGAACUCAGGACCAAAACGCUGAUCUUCCAGACAAAGCACAAGCUGGACUUCACUCCCAUGGCCUGUGAUUCCCGGGGGAAGGUUGUCCUGGGAUACACGGAGGUGGAGCUGUGCAGGAGGGGGUCCGGAUACCAGUUUGUGCACGCAGCCGACAUGAUGCACUGCGCAGAGCACCAUGUGAGAAUGAUGAAGACGGGGGAGAGCGGGCUGACGGUGUUCCGGCUGCUGACCAAGAGGGGCGGCUGGGUGUGGGUGCAGGCCAACGCACGGCUGGUGUACAAAGGGGACAAGCCCGACUGCAUCAUCGCCCGCCAGCGAGCCCUGUCGAAUGAAGAAGGAGAGGAACAUCUCCGGAAGAGAAACCUGCAGCUGCCUUUCAGCUUUGCCACAGGGGAAGCAGUCUUGUAUGGGAAUUAUGCUCCUGGGUUCUUAGACUCAUUUCAAGCCAAGGAGGAGUUGCAGGUGCAAGCAAAUUCCAACCCAGAGCUGCACUUGGUAGACCCCAACUCUCUGCUUGGGGCUGUGAUGAGGCAGGAUGCAUCCAUUUACAAUUGCCACGCUGAUAAUGUGCCUCAGUUCUCCCUGCCAGGUUUCCCCACUGAGCCUGAUGGGCUGAGUCGGUAUGAGGACGCCAGCAGUGCCAAGGUGGACAGUGACCCCCUCUUGGUGGUCAUCCAGAGGCUCUUUGAGAAGAGGGAGGUGGCUGGAAACGUCUGCUCGAGCCUUGGCAUGGACAGCACAGAGCUGCAGCAGUGGGAGGAGGCUCUGCUCAGCCUGGAGGCAGAGCAGGAGCCGCCUGCUCAGGGGUUCGGCCAGAGGCUGGCCACCAAGGUGACAGCCUGUGUGGAGCAGAUGAUGUGGAGCAGCACCCUCAGGGAGGGUGCUGGGAAGAGCCUGGAUUUCCCACCCUGCCAUGAAGAAAACAGUGUUGUGGCUCACUUCCAGCACUGCCGGGCAGCUGGCUCAGCGUCCCCAGCCCAGCCCCGGGCAGUGGGCACACAGGGAGGCCAGGGGGCUGUGGGCUCUGUAGCCUCCAUUGCCUCUGAGGGCAGCUCCGCCCAGCCAGAGCAGCAGGUCCCGUUUAACCCAGCCAGGCUGGUGGCAGGGACUGGGCUGGGUAUCCCCAUCUCUAGCAGCACAUCCUCUGCAGCACUUCAGCUGGCAAACCAAGCAAUUCAAGCAGGAGCUGCGAGCUCUGCUCCUGUAGAUAACACUGCUCCUACUGCUCAGAGCCAGCCUGGGUGCCAGCUGGUGGGCUCAAACACAUUGGUGACUCUGUGGCACAAUGUCCCCCUCCAGGCAAACCCAGCCAGUUGCCCGUCAGAUGCUUGGCUGGCCAUAGCUCCAAAACGGCUGGAAGCUGCAGGAGCACACAUGGAGUCCCAAACUCCAUCAGCUGGCAGCCCUGAGAGCCCCCCAGGGACCGAGCUGUGGUUGCCACCCCCCUCCCAAUCUAUUCCUUGCCCUACGCAGGGCUUGCAUGACUCCCUGUUCUCUGGGGAUGGGAAGCUUUGUGAUGUGGAGGCUGCUUUCCCUGCACCCUUAGGAGCCAGCACACUGCCAGGGCAUGGCGACUUCCCCAGACAGCCCCUGGCAGCCCAUGUAGAGCCCAGCUUUUCCUGGGAAGAGGAGCAGGCAGUGCUCCGAGAGGACAAGUGGUUCUCACAGCUGUGGCUCCCGCAGCCUGGGGCAGCUCCUCAGAGGAGCCACAGAGCAGGACCAGCGCACUCCAGCCUCAGCACAGAUCCCAGCGCACUCCAGAUGGACUGUUUUGUGCUGCCCGAGUGCCAGUAUGGAAACAGCCUCUUUAGGCAUGAGAGCAGCUUCCUGAGGGAUGCUGCUGAAGUACCCCUUCCCCAGCAGCCAGGCGCUUUACCUUGCCCUGCUGAGAGCCACCCUGGGGUACCCUACUCCUCCCCAGGCUCGGUUUCAAGGUGCUCAGCAGCUCUCCCUGUGAAGGUGUGUGCAGGAGCACCCCCAAGCUCCAGGCAGGGCCCUGGCUGCCCAUCAGUUCCCUUCUCAGCUGGGCAGCCCCUCUGUGCCUGUGAGGUCCAGCUCAAAGUGAGGUGUGAGGGCUGCAGGACCUGAGGGGUGCCCGGCUCCUGUGGAGAGAGCAAGGGGUCUGCCAGGGUGGUGUGGGCAGCUUGGUUUGUAGCUUGCUGUGAACCAGGAGCCCUGUCUUGGAAAGCCACCAGCAGCUGUGAGCCCUUCUCAUACCUGCCAGUGGUGCCCCAUGCUCCCUGAUCUCUCAGGAUUUUGUCUUCCAAUGCUGUCAGGCAGUCUAAGAUGAAGUGGUUUGGACUUCUUGUUCCAUGAGACGUCUUUCAGGGAGGUGCAGCUGUGCCACUGGGGAGACUUGCAGGCUGCUGGGGUCCAUGUGCUUGGGGCAGCCUCUUGCAGAUAAGAGCUGCUGCCUCACAGGCAGAUAGCACUGAACUGUUUCUCAACAGAACAGCGUGGUCUCCUGAUCUCCAAGGGUGUUGGGCCACCCUUGUCAUGUUGCUCUUUGGUCCCCUCCGUCAUCUCUGCCUGCCUGAGCCUCUUUUCCCCUUGGGCUCUUCAUCUCCUCCAGAGACCACCCAAAUCCUUUAGAAAAAAUGUUACCAAGCACUUGAAGUAGCUCAGCAGCAUUGAAGGGUCUCGGUGGGAGGUGGUGGUGGGAGGUACUUCGGAGAUUUGGGCUCUUCCUAGCACCCUUCCAGCGGAGUUUAUGAGAGGUGGGUAACAAGCCAUUGUGACCUUUCUGGGAUGCAGGGUGGGGAAGGUCCAGCCAAAACUCCCCUUUGGUUUGUCACUGGCGCAUCCUUGCCUUCAUCUCCUCUGCUCCACAGUGCCAUGGGACAGGAACAUUGGGGGUUCCCCUGUUGUUUUGUCAAAACAGUGAGAAGGAAAGGCAGGGAGUGAUGCAGUGACCACUGGCUGUCUCUCCAAACCCACUUGGUGGCCCUCAAACCACUGUCCUGCAGCCCAGCACAACCACUUUGGUGAAUUCUCUUCCUCUUCUAUAUCUGUAACCUAAGAUGUGAACGAAUUGUUUUUUCCCCAUGGAGCAAUGUCUUGCAGAUCUAUCAAGGAAACCCACAAAAAAGCAAUGACUGGGGAGGGUGGGCAUGAUUUGAGACUACACUGGCUUGCAACGUUGGGUCAGAGAGAUCAGAGUGCUUGGGGCCAUUCACACCUUCCCCUCAUGCACCCAUCACCCUGAGCAUCACAUCUGCCUUGCUCACCAGCGUUAAACAUUUACAGAGCAAAUUAAAUCAGGUAAUUAGCGCAGGGCCAGCAGCAAGCCCAGCGUCCAGUGUGGAGCAGCCUCAUCUCUGUGGCUCUCUUCCUUCAUGGCCAGCGCUGCCUCGGCUGAUGGGGCCUGGGAAAGGUCAAGCUCCUGUCUGCAGGCUCGGAGCAGAGCGAUGCUGAAACCUGCUGGACCACUCCAAGGUGGAUUCGAGGAGCACCUUCGAGGACCAGGCAAGGAGUUGACUGGCAGUGAUCUGGGUCCAAAAAGCAGCAGGAUGGACUCUGCUCACCAGGCUCUUGUUCUGGGCACCCGUGAGAAGGUGCUGGGGCAUGCUAGGGGCUCCUAGUGCUGCAAGACGUGGGUCUUGGACUGGGGGCAUUGCUGCCUGGGGCCAUGGCAGACCACCCUGUGCUCUGUCACUGGGGUCUCAUCUCUCUCUGUCUAUAAAGUCUGUUCUGGUGGCAGCGUCUCAUUUUCCACUCCAUGAUUCCUUUGUGCUGCUGAUGGCAGCUGGAAGGUGCUGAGGAGAAAAAGAGCUGUCCAGAGCCUCACCCCUGUGUUUGGC